CCUUUUGGGCCUAUGGCAGUCCAAAUUACGCUUUGCUCAAACACCAUCUUUACAUUUUGCUUUACUUCUGUGAUAACUGAGAAUAGUCUGAAUCUGCAGAUCUACCAAAAGUCAGUUGGAACGAAGCAAUGGCAGCACCAGAUCACCUCUUUUCCCUUCGAAACAAUUUCUACUUGGGAGCUUACCAGGCUGCCAUCAACAACAGCGACCUUCCCAAUCUCUCCCCCGACGACGCCGUUGAGCGUGAUUGCCUCGUCUACCGCUCUUAUAUUGCCCUUGGCAGCUACCAGCUGGUGAUCAAUGAAAUCGACAAUUCGGCUGCCACUCCUCUCCAGGCGGUGAAAUUGCUCGCCAUGUAUCUCUCGGGCCCUGCAAACAAGGAAUCCAUUAUUUCAAGCUUAAAAGAGUGGCUGGCUGACUCAGCCAUUGGAAACAAUGCUAUUUUGAGGCUGAUUGCUGGAACCAUAUUCAUGCAUGAAGAAGACUAUAAUGAGGCUUUAAAACACACUAAUGCUGGAGGAACCAUGGAAUUGCAUGCAUUGAAUAUCCAAAUAUUCCUUAAGAUGCACAGGUCAGAUUAUGCAGAGAAACAGCUGAGGUACAUGCAGCAGAUUGAUGAGGACCACACACUAACUCAACUUGCAAAUGCAUGGUUGAAUCUGGCAGUUGGUGGUUCAAAGAUACAGGAAGCAUAUCUCAUCUUCCAAGAUUUCUCUGAGAAGUAUCCAAUGAUGAGCUUGAUCUUGAAUGGGAAGGCAGUUUGUUGCAUGCACAUGGGAAACUUUGAUGAAGCUGAGACAUUGUUGCUUGAAGCGCUAAACAAGGAUGCAAAGGAUCCAGAGACUUUAGCCAAUUUGGUAGUAUGCAGUCUUCACCUUGGUAAACCCUCUUCACGAUAUCUCAGUCAAUUGACACUUACACAUCCAGAUCACAUACUUGUUAAACGUGCGUCAUCUGCUGAAGAGAACUUUGAAAGAGCAGUCCAAUCAGUUGCUUGAUGUGCGGUUGGUUUUCGGCAACUGGGUGAAUGGUGUCCUCUCAUCUCUGUUAAAGCCUUUUUAUUUUUUUGGAGUUGCGUAACCUGCAAGAAGUAUACAAUUGUUAAAGAGCUCAAAUCAUAUUAGUAAUGCCGUUUCCUAAAUCAUUUUAAUAGGAACAAUUGAUAUAUCGUAUGUUCUAGUGAUUUAAUUUAGUAUGGAUUUCAGUGUUCUUUCACGUAUUUUAAUCAGGCGUAUACCCCUUUUGGAUGUAAUUGAAGUGAUGCCUUUUUGGAAAAAUUAUUGGGUGUUAUUUUUCAUGCUAUUUCAUUCACAAUUAUGUAAUAUUCAUCCUUUUAAGAAUAACUGAUUUUUUAUAAGGAUUUAAGAGUAUUUUAUA